CCGCUGCAGCAGACGACCACGAACCAGGCAUUAACAUUUAUGUGGUUAAGCCAAAAAUAUUUACCAUGGCCCCACGAGCAACGUGGCAACUAGAAAAAUAUGCUAGAUAUGUUGUUACUAAAAAAGGAACCACAUCAGGAGAAUGGAAGUACUACAGUGACAAGCCAUGCCAGCGCCUGGUGAUGACUCUUACGGACACCGAGCAUCUGGUUAUUUGCCACGGAUCCUGCAUUCUGGAAAGCCAUUCCUUAGUGACCGCGCGAGCGUGGAUGCGAGGUCUAAGCAAGACUGAUAGCCUCCUCCUUAUGUAUAAAUACAAGGAUGGUACAAGAAGAUUUCGAGUGAAAUUCUGUCGCAGUAGAUUGCAGACAGGAAGCAGUGUGUGCGCAGAGGCUGCAGACACUUUGUCCAAGUUCUUUCCUGUGAAGGUUACCGAGGAGCAGGUCAUGCAAUCAGCUGACAAGAAUCAAGUGAGAGGACAACCUGCUGCAGUUUUAUCAGGAGAGGUAACUCUGGGAGUAUUAGCUGAGACGCUUCUUUCUGGCAAAAACAACGAAGUGCUAUCUGCUGCCUACAAAGGCUCAUCCUAAAGCAAGUGAAAUCGUUGGGAUGCAAAUGGUGCCUGAUGACGUCGUAUCACGUUACUUAUGCCUGUUCUUAGCCGACCCAUCAUUCCCAGCGCUGGUGGAGCAGGUGGAAAAACAAUUACAAACAAUAAUCAACGACAGCCGAGAGUAAAGAAACAUGCACGGAAGCCGUUGCUUCACUCCGUCUUUAGGGCAAAUGUGAACUGUUGAUUGUUAAGAAUAUAAACAAUCGAACUGAAGCCAUGGGGUGCAGGUGGGUGGGAGGAUGCAGUAGGGCACGCAGCUCAGCUUGUCUCUGCUCAGCAACUAUGUGUUGGACCGUGCGUGUUACAUGCGGUGAGUACAAACAGAUCAACACUCCGCAUCAUGCAGACACGGAGAAGUUUGAUAAAACAUCCCGCGUUAUCUAAAGAUUGAAAAGCAGACAGGUAUAUUAUUUGAACACUCGCAAUAUGUAGUCACAGAGAAAGGUAAAUGUGAACA